AUGCGACUUCGUGGGAUCUUCUCGACGACCCAACGUUUCUCUUCUGCACGGCACAUCACAAAUGUCAUUGUUGUUGGAGGCGGGCACGCAGGAUGUGAAGCGGCAGCGGCAGCGGCUCGUUGUGGUGUCUCGACCGUUCUCCUCACUCACAAAAUCGACUCGAUUGGCGAGAUGAGCUGCAAUCCGAGUUUCGGUGGAAUUGGAAAAGGCCACUUGAUUCGAGAAGUCGAUGCACUUGACGGUGUUUGCGGACGAAUUUGCGACCAAUCGGCCAUCACAUAUCAGGCAUUGAAUCGAGGAUCGGGACCAGCUGUAAUCGGAUUGAGGGCACAAAUCGAUAGACAACUUUACAAGAGGAACAUGCAAAAGGAAAUUCUCGAUGAGACUCCGAAUCUGCGGGUGAUUGAGGGAGCGGUCGAAGAUCUUUCUUACACGGAAAGAAACGGCGUGGUUGUGGCGAACGGUGUGAUUCUUUCGACUGGCGAAAAACUGGCAGCGGACGCUAUUGUCAUUACAACGGGCACAUUUCUCGGUGGUGAAAUUUUUCUUGGCACAAAGAGAUGGCCAGCUGGACGUAUUGGUGACAAGAGUAGCAUCGGUUUGCCGAAAACUUUCAAAAAAUUGGGACUUCAACUGGGGCGGUUGAGAACAGGGACACCGCCUAGGCUAAUUAUGAGUACGAUAGAUUUUUCACAAUUCCAACGAAUGCCACCUGAUGAGGAGCCAAUUCCUUUCUCUUUUUUAACGGAACAGCCAGCGAUUUCUACUGAAAAACAACUACCAACCUAUCUUGGGUACACAAACGAGAGGGUAGGCGAGAUCGUGAGAAGGCAUUUGGAUCGAAACGAACAUGUAAAAUCUGAGACAACCGGUCCUCGAUAUUGUCCUUCUCUGGAGAGCAAAGUAAUUCGUUUUCCCAACUUGCAGCAUCGACUUUUUCUGGAACACGAGGGACUACAUUCAAAUCUGAUAUAUCCACAGGGCAUGUCAAUGACUUGUGAGGAAUCAGCUCAACUUGACAUAAUGCGAUCGAUUCCAGGACUAGAAAAGGUCGAAAUUGCUCAACCCGGUUAUGGUGUACAAUACGAUUUCGUCAACCCAAAACAAUUACGACCAACUCUUGAAUUAAAAUCGGUUAAUGGUCUCUUUCUUGCUGGCCAAAUCAACGGGACAACUGGGUAUGAAGAAGCUGCUUCACAAGGAAUCUUGGCUGGAAUAAAUGCUGCUGCUCGUGCAAAAGGGAUCGAUGGAUUGACGAUAAAAAGAACUCAAGGUUAUCUUGGCGUUCUGAUUGACGAUUUGACCUCUUUGGGAACCAAUGAACCCUAUAGAAUGUUCACCUCUCGAGCUGAAUGUCGUCUUUAUUUGAGGCCAGAUAAUGCCGACAUUAGACUUACAGAAGCUGGUCACAAACUUGGAGCUAUCUCUGCGAAAAGAUGGGGCCAUUACACUGAUUUGAAGAACUCAUUGAGUGAGGCGACGAAUCAACUUCAAAUGACCACGAUGAGUCUAUCAAAAUGGGCCUCACUGAUUCCAAGAUUAGAAGAAAGCGUGAAAAUCAGAGGCAAAGUUUUAUCCGCCUACGAGAUGAUCCACCGUCACUCGGUCACUUUCAAAGAAUUGGUAACGGCUUUGGCAAGCUUUGCAAACUUAUCGAAUAAGAAGAAACUCGAGGAGCGAAUUCGGAUUGAGGGAUCGUAUGCGACGCAACGUGAAAGGAUGCAAAAUAAGCUUCUCGAGAUCGAGCGCGAAUCGGCGACGAUGAUUCCCGAUGAUGUGAACUACGAGAGAAUGCUUGGAAUGAGCGACGAAUGCGCUGAGAAAUUGGACCGAAUGCGACCUGGAACACUUGCCGCAGCUACGAGAAUUCCUGGAAUCACCCCCGAAGCGAUCACCGUUUUGCUACGAUAUCUCAAAAAGGAGACACCAUUGAGCACUGUA